CAUGCCCUCGGGGUGCCCGACGUGCCCGACGCGGCGCGCGCAGUGUGCGCGGGCGGUGCGGGCGUGGUGGUGGUGCCUGCCCUUGUUCGCGCUCUUCUUCGUGUUGCCCGGCGCCUUCGUGAGGCCGAGCCGCGGCGCCUUCGCCAGGACAUGCGGCGCUGGUCCCAGCGAGCUGUGGGCAGCCGAGGUGGCCUGAAGCGUCAAGCCUGAAGCCGCCCUUGCAGUGCUGCGUCCGCCCCCGCGGCCCAGUCCUGCAGUCCAUCGGCGUCGCGCGAACACACUUCGGGAAUUUUGAGAUGGCGACGACGCAGGUGCAGUCCCUGAGCCGGCUGUGCCUGACCACGCUCGCCGCCCCGAUGCUGCUGGCGGCCGUGGUGGCGGCCCAGGCCGACGACGAGGCGGAGGCCGACGAGGGCGGCAAGCAGGAGCCGCAAGUGGUGGCGGAGACGCGCUGCUACCUGGAGACCGCCCCCGGGGACGUGCUGGAGGCCCUGCUGCAGGCGCUGCUGUCCUGCAACGACGUGCUGCCGUCGUCGCGGUACUGGGCCAUGCGCAUGCUGCUGCGUGCCGACGUGCGCUCGCUGUCCGUGGGCGUGAUGCCGUGCGAGUGGCACGCGCGCGCGGUGGGCUGCGUGCGUGAGCACGGCAAGGGGCUGCGAGCGCUGGACCUGAAGGGCGCGUGGCUGCGCGGCGACGACCUGGCGGCCUUCUGCGACGCGCUGCCGCACCUCAACGCCCUCCGCGUGCUGGGCGUGCCGCACGCCGCCACGGACGCCCUGCUGCAGGCCGUGGCCGAGCACUGCGGCAAGCUCACCGCCCUGGACGUGUCCGGGGAGACGUCCCUGUCGCGCAAGGGGCUGGAGGCGCUGUGCCGUGGGGAGUGCGCCGCCACGCUGCAGGUCCUGGACAUCGGCAACCUGGCCGAGGCCAGCGUCAGCGCGGAGGACGCGGUGCUGCUGCUGCGAUCGCUGCCGAACCUUCGCUCCCUCGGCACGUACGCGCGGGUCGGCGCCGCCCUGGUGGCCAUGGCGGACGACGGCGUCGACACCAAGCCACUGCGCCUGGAGUACCUCCGCGACAUCGGCACGACGGCGCGCGCGGCGCGGGCUGUGGUGGCGCUGUGCCCCGCACUGCAGGCGGUGUACCUGGACGCGCCAUGCCACGGUGCCCUGCCCCUGCUGGCGCAGCUCGACGCGCUGUCCGACAUCAAGCUGCACCAGUUCGACGUGGUGGAGCUGGACGAGCUGCUGGCGCUGUCGGGCGCGCGCUGCACCGACCUGGAGCUGCUGUUCGGCCAGGGCGGCGCGCUGGACCUGACGCGGCUGGCCGCGCUGUGCCCCGCGCUGCAGCGCCUGGAGUGCUACUUCGUGGACUGCUCGUCGUCGGGCGGCGCGGCGUGGCCGGGGCUGCAGUCGGUGGGUGUGUUCCACGCCGCCAUGCCGCGCCACGCCCUGGAGCUGCGCGAGGUGUGGCUGGCGCAGGCGGGCCGGCUGAGCCAGGCCGCCGCCCUGUGCUUCCUCACGGGCUGCCCCAACCUCACCAGCCUCGGCGAACUCAGCGGCUGGGACCUCGACGCCUUCCAGGUGGACCAGCUGCGGCUGCACUGCCAGCGCUCCAACCUGGACGUCAGCCUCUGGUACUUCCCCCGCAGCGACGCGCUGGACGGGCUGGGGCUGGCCGAGGACCUGGCGCAGAUGGUCAUCGCCGCGCCCUGA